CUACUUGUCAAUUUGAAAUGAUGGAAAACGCAAUGAAGUGUUUAUUGUACAUGAGAUAAAUAUUGCUGUUAAGAAUUAUUAUUUUUGCAAAUUGUGAUGGUGUCUAAAUAGCGUGGUUAUUCUGUUUACAUGUCCUAAAACAGUUUUUGUAGACCCAAUCGGUCGUAAGUGGUUAAAGGAGAUUAUACCGAAUUAUUAGAAUCCAUCGAAAGGAAAAUAAUAAUGACUGCAGAGGAUGACAGUACUUGGUUAAUUGAAUUGGAGUCUGCAAUUUUGGAUGGGUGCACACCACAAGAGAUCAAUGCCAUUACUAGAGGAAAAAAAAUACCCGAAAGUUUGAGGCCCGAUGUCUGGCUUGUUUGUCUCAACUGCCAUGAAAUGGGUAAUCAGUUACUUAUGUUUGAUGAAAUAUUUGAUUUGCCAAACCAAAAUGAACUACGAGACAAUGUAAAAAAGUUUGUAAGAAAGCUAGACAAUGAAGAUGACGAAAAAUUAUCAGUCAUAUCAGAUAUUGAAUCAAUUCUUACAUUUUAUUGUAAGUCAAAGUUUCUCACUUAUGAUUCUAAUAAUGGUUGGAUAGAAAUACUUUAUCCUUUGCUGAGUUUAAAACUGCCUCGAUCAGAUACAUAUAAUUUAUUUGAAAGGAUUUUGAAGCUUUAUGUUCCAAAUGGAUGUACUUCAAACGGAGUACCGUUUCAUAUAUUGCGUUUAAUAAUACAGUAUCAUGACCCUGAGCUAUGUUCGUUCUUAGAUACAAAACGCAUAACACCUGAACAGUACUGCAUGCCCUGGCUGAAAUCACUUUUUGCAGGUACUUGUAAUUUGGAAGUGGUUCUUUUUAUGUGGGAUUUGUAUUUCCAAAGAUCUGAUCCAUUCUUUAUUUUCUUUCUAUGCUUAAUAAUGAUUAUAAAUGCUAGAGAGCAACUUUUGCAAAUGAAAAAUGAAGAUAAAACUACAAUAGUUCAAAUACUGAGUAAAAUGCCGAGUGACCUUGAGGCUAAUGAUGUUUCUGAUUUUUGCUCAUUAGCACAUUACUAUUCAUUAAAAACACCAUUAUCAUUUCGAGAAGAUGUGUUAGAAGUACUCUUUUCAGAAAGUGGGUUACAAAUAAAUUCUAAAUUGUAUUCACAAGCUCUUUGCCUCCCAGUUGCGGUCCAUGAAUUAAUUGAAAGUGCAACUGUAGAUGUAGCCGACGCUGAUGCGGUUAAAUUUUUUUUGGUUGACUGUCGCCCUGCCGAACAAUACAAUGCUGGACAUUUGUCUACUGCUUUUCAUCUUGAUUGUAAUUUAAUGUUACAAGAGCCUAAUGCAUUUAAUACGGCAGUUCAGGGGCUACUAAAUUCACAACGUCAAGCAUUAGCAGCAGGAUCUCUUGCUGCAGGUGAACAUUUAUGUUUUGUUAGUUCUGGUAGAACAGAAGAGGAUAGUUAUGCACACAUGGUAGUUGCUUCUUUCCUAAAGAAAAAUAUAAAACAUGUUUCAAUGCUUGAUGGGGGAUUUGUAGCUAUACAUGAUUACUUUGGUCCUCAUAUGACUGAUUGCCUAGAAGAACAUAAUCCAUCUCUUUGUUUGGUUUGCGCUCCUAGUAAUAAUAAUGAUAAUGAUGUCAAAGCAACAAUUAACAGAACAAGAGACAAUAUACCAGCUAUUCAACUAUUCAGCAAACUUUCAUCUGCUAUGAAAGCAAAAAGUCAAGAAGUUAAGGGAAAACUAAUAGAAUAUAUUGUUAAUCCCAACUCCACUGUUGGCAAUGGUGAGUGGCAUGUUUCAGCAAAUGAUAGAAAAGAACAAAGAUAUCGCAAUGUUCCUCCUGUCUUUAGUAUUAAUGAUGAAGAUGAAGAUACACAUUCUGACUCACGACGAGAUUUUUCGAGUGCAGAUAAUGUAGAUGAAAUAGUUGAAGUUCAGUCCUUCCUUAAAAGCCAACAUGUGGUUGACAGCUUUGCAUGUCAAGAGGUUCUAUCUAAUGGCUACAUGUUUGAUUCUCAUCUUAUUGUCACUGAAACACAUUUAGUUAUAUUGAGAGAAGUUCCAAAUAAGAAAGGACUUGCUAAAGUAUUAUCUAGAAGACCACUUUCGACUAUUGUCAAAAUUACUGCUAAAAAGAGGCACCCCGAGUUAAUAACUUUUAAAUAUGGUGUACCAGAUGGUGAUAAUUUACUAAUAAAUGAUAUGGACAGAUUUUUAAUACCCAAUGCAGCAGUAGCUACAAAAAUUGUAUCCAAUCAAAUUGUUUCACAGUUGGAUAAUAAAUUACAGUAAUAAUGUUUAUCUCUUUGGCUUCAAAAUUAAAACUGAUAGUAAUAGUCGCAUAGAAUGGAAUUUAGAGUAAUCUGUUAUGUAGACUAUUUUUUUAGCAUUAAAUAAUAGUGGUUAAUAA